CAAAGGUGAACUGUACAAGAUGUACCUUCAGGGACUGAUUCUCAGAACAAGCCACCAAUCGCUUCAGUAAUGGAGGGACUAUGGACUUAUCUCCUCUACUUCUAUGGACUCAUUGUGGAUGCUGUUUCCCUCUGUGAGAAUCCAGUGAAGUUGCAUGCUAAUGAGCUGAACCAGGACCAGUAUCUUGGCAGGUGGCUCUUCAUCGCUGCUGCAGCACCAUCCCCAUCUUCGCUGGAGACAUUUGCCCACGUUGACAGCAUCCUGUUUAGUAUGAAUCAGAGAGAGAACCCAGAGCAGUUGCGACUACAGGCUGCCAUCCGACUGAAAACAGGCCAAUGUGUUCCCAAAUCAUGGAAUUAUUUGCUUAAAGAAGAAAGUGCUGACUUGGCUACCGAAGGCCGGCCUCACAUGAGGACAGAAUUGUUCUCCGCCAAGUGUCCCAACUCCAUCAUUGUCCAGGAAAUAGAUCAAGAUUAUCAAAGGAUCCUUUUCUACUCCCGGAUCCUUUAUCCUGCAGAAGACUGCCUUGCUGAUUUCUGGAACAAAGCUUCUUGCCUUGACAUGAAUGAACUCCUCCUUAUACCUAGAACUCAAGAUGCCUGUGAAUUCCAAGAAACCUGAGCUCUAACUGUUGGCUUCAAACCCAGCACAGCGGGAAUGAAUCACCCCUUGACGCUGACUUGUCUCAUCCGCUUGGAGAAGCAGUUGCUUGUAAUCUCAAAUAAAACUUAUUUUCUAACGAGAAA